GCUUCAUAAAAAAAAACCAAAAAAAAACCAAACACAACAGGACAGCAGUCACGAAAUUAGCUAUUUUAUAAAAUAUUGCUGUGUUUUCAUUUGAUUCAUUUAAACUUUUGCUACUGUUCGUUACAGAUUAGAACUUGUUUUCAUUGAAAAGGGAGACAUUAAAAUAAAAAAUUUUAAUUAAUAAAAAGCGAACACGGUCAGGUAUAUAAUGACAAAACCUACCUGGGGCAGUGGUUUAGUGGUUAAGGAAGCGGACUUGGGUCUGGAAGGCUUUUAGGUUUGAAUCCACCAGCUGCCAAGUUACCACUGUGGUGCUCUGAGCAUGGCACCGUCCCCACACACUGCUCCCCGGGUGCUUAAAGCUGCCCACUGUUCACUUUGGUGAUGGGUUAAAAGCAGUGGUGAGCUGUGUCACAAUGACAAGUAGUUCACUUUCAUACCUUUCCUGUUUGAGCUGGUACCCAACAGUAACUACAGUUACUGCCUUUAAUCUGAGCACAUGAACCACAAUUACCAGAUGAGAUUCCCACUCUGGUUUCCAUAGUAACGGACAUCAAAGGGUUUAUUCUUUUGCUUUUAUAUGCUUUGUUUUAUAGGUAAUAGGGAAAAAGGUUACGUUAAAGGCAGCAUGUGCAGUGAUGCACCUUGAUGAUCCCAGUUGUGAUCAAUCUCCAACAGGAACCAGCCUAAAUUUGGUUAUUUUGCAUUUCCUUUCUGUCUGUCAGUGUGUCCACAUUUUCUGACAUGAGGACAGACUCUGUGCCUGCUGACAGAAACGCACCCCACAGCACUAAAGUCAAGUUGCUGCGUUCAUCCACCAGCAGGGGGCAGCAGCUAGACAACUAUGAUGUUACUGAUGUUAGCCGCCUCCCAUCAACUGUGGUGGCUAACAGUCCAAGCAGUGGCAUUAUUGAUCGGCUGUUAGAGAAAAAAAGUAAAAAACAUAGAGAAUCCAUAAAACAACUAAAUGAUGAACUGACAGAACUGGCUUUUAAGUGCAAGACCCAGAUUAAGUCCAUUGGUGAGGAGCUGGUCUCCUUUCUGCAGGAGGUGGACCUCAGGUUGGACACGCUGAAGGACAAAAUAAAACAAGUGCACAAUGUCACGCUGCAUGACAUGUUUAGUCUGUGGGAGCAGGUGGAGAGUGAGGUCAAGCUGAAGAAAGAGAAAGUCGUCGAGGCCAACCGUCGAAUGCGUGACUGCGAGACGAAUCGAACAAACACGAUUAGAAGUGUUCUUACAAAGUACAGUCAACUCCUGGAGAAAAUCAGUUUUCUGCUGCCACCUGAUGUCCACAGGCUGAUCCACGGCAAGGCGGCGAUGUUGAAUCAGUCUCUGUUAGCAAACCGCCGCAGCCUGGCCCGCAUGCUGCUGCAUCUUCAGGAGGAGAUCCUGCAGCAGCAGUCAGUCUUUCAUCUGCACUGGGACGACUGUCUCAGCUGCUGGAAGAAGAACAGAAUAACGGAGGUCAUCGACAACGUCAAGCAGCUUUGCGUAAAUGAUAGGACACAGCACGUGAUCACAGCUCAACAGCAGAGUGAACUUCUCCGAGACCAGACUGAACAACGUUGUGUCGUCAUCUCCCAGAUCAACCCUCUGCUCCAGGACACCUGCUCCAUCUCUGUUGUCUCUGAUUGGUACGAACAACUAAAAGCCGUCAAUGAACAGAUUAACCGUCUUCAUGCCGACUCCCUCCAUCACCUGCGAUGCAGUUAUGAGCAGAUGUGGCAACAUCAGCUGAGUGAGGUAGAAUACUGUAAAGAGGCGCUCUCAGCUCUGCAGCUGUCAGAGACGGAGAUGCAAGAUGCCAUCAACUCGCAGCUUCUACCCUACAUUGGACAAGUCCAGGUCCAGGAUGAAGAGCGAUUGGCCGCCUUGGACCUGCACUGUGACACUUUGGCCCGAUACGACUUCAUGCUCAGCCGCUCUGUGUUUGCCGUGUUGAGAGGAGCAGCGUUACUGUGGGACUCACACGACCUCAGGCUACGAAGAAGAGAAGAAGAAGUGCAGCAGCAGCUGACAGAACUUCGAUGCUCCCAGUUGGGACACUUGCGAAACAAAAAGAUACAUCUGGAUGACCUGCUGGCUGGCCUUCGUCAGGCUUGCAGCCACGAAACUCUGUCGACAUCUCUGGACAAAGCUGUCCACUGGCUACAGGUGAUUAAAGACAGCUAUGGACCCUUCGUGUCGGAUCAGUGGAAGGUGUUGGAUCGACUCCCAUCUCUCUUCCUGGAUGAGCUCCUCUCCUUCAGUAGCAGCCUGGGCUCCUACUUCCACCUUAGACACACUUACACACCAAGCCAAGAAGAGCUGCAGAAGUUUAACCUCACGUCUCGCCUGUCCUCCAGUCCAGGGGCAACACCUUAUCCAAUCAGCUGCCAGGAUUAUAUCGAUUCUACUCAGCCCUUCCAGGCCUGGCUGGCUGAGGCAGAGUCCUCUCUGCUCAAUCUCUACGACACCAGCAACAACACUUUUACAUUUACGUCAUCAAGCUCUACUACCUACUCAGGCCCUGCCUUCAAAUGCCCCACACCAGAAACAAAAGAAAACCUGCAACACACAACACACCUGAGUCUGUUUCCUUUGGAUCUGCUGGCACAGACUUUGAGCAUGACUCGAACUCUGUUCUUGGAAAAGCUGGAGCAGCAUUUCCAUGAUCUUCUUACCUCAACUAUGGUCAUAGUUACAGACAGAAAGGAAGCCGUGUGUCUGGACCAGGAGCUCCAGAUGCAGCUGCUCAACCCACAACACAUUGAAGAACAGAUUUAUCAACCCCGUUUGGGGGAGCUACAGCUUCAUCAACAACGGGCAGAAAUUCAUUGUCGGGAGGUUCACGAUGUAUUGAACUUCUGCAAGACCGAGCUAAAGAUGCUGCAGAUAUUUAUCGGGAGGAAGAAUGAAGAGUUUAUUUCUACUCUGUCCAACAUGGAAAAAGACUUUUUGUCUGUCAGCAACAGCCAACGCCUAGAGUUUGUAAGCUCCACCCUGCAGGACCUAAUGGAUCAAUAUAUCAAACGUACCCAGGUUUGUCAGAAUGCCUUUAGACAGACGGUCCAAAACAAAGUGAGCAACAUCAGGAAUGAAACUGGAAAACUCCUAGGUUCCAUCAGGUUGUUCAGCGAAGGAGGUGACUUUGCUCCUCAAGAGAUGAAGAUGUUUCAGAGGAAGCUAAGAGAUGAAAGCAAACGUAUCUGUGCAGCUGAGCAGUCACUUUGUGCUGAGAUGGAGUGUAUUGAAGGCAGUAGUCUAGAAGAAGUUAGGGAACCAUUUGAUCGAGUUGCGGAGGAACUUUCUCUCUGGACGUCUGAGGUGAAAUUUAGAGAGAAGAUUGAUAAAAUCAUCUGUAGCACAAGAAUUCAAAUCAGAGCUGAAGCUGCCAACAAUAAUCAGCAACAGUCAUCGAUCAGCAGCCGGCUAAAGGACGUGAAGAGUAUGUUGGAGGAUCCACACGUGUGUUCAGAUGAGUUGUGUUAUCUGCUUAUUUCUGUUGGUGAGGAAUUGAGAAAACGGUGCGAGUAUCUGGACUAUGAAGACCAAGAACUGCUCACUCUGUCAGCUCAUCCAAAGUUCAGGAAGCGAAUCCAUUCCCUUCCCAUAGCUGGUCCACUGCCACCCAGUAAACCAGGAGGAAAUGUCAUUGAUGAGCCCGCAGCGGACAUCAUCCAGUCGCUAAACAGGUUAGCUGUGGUUCAAGAGAAGCCACCAGAUACAAAGGUGAGAGAAAAACCUGGUCGCAGUCAUGCACACCGCGUUCAGCCAAAAUGGAAUGAGAUCGUCAUUCCUCGAAAAUCAAUAACAACGGAUCGAAAGUUCCAGAUCUUUGGACCAGAGCCUGAACAGGAUCCACAGUGUCUCAUGUCAGUGGUGAACUUUGUGCUGUUUAAAACCAACGAUUUGCUCCUCCAGACUGGAGAGGACUUCUAUCAGACUGAGCGUCAUUGCAAGUUCCAAGUAGUUCCUGAAACUGUGGAGCCAUGGGCUGAGAGUAUCCAACAAAGGUUGCUGGGAUUUCAGGAUCAGGCCACCGAACUGCUGGAAAUGAGCAGAACGAUCUUGGGAAGCCAGCACUGUGUAUUCAAGGACCUGCUGAAAGAAAUACCUUCAAUUUUAAUAAGGAACCACGAGGAACAGAGACGAGCAGAGCUAAUUGCAAAGGUGAAUGACGUCACAGAAAAUCUAAGGGAACAUCUGAGGGCCAGUGAGGAGGAAAGGCUUGUCAAUGUCCAGGAACUGCGUGUGUCUCUCAAGGAGGCUGAGCUGCAAGAUCUGGUGAGCAGAGAGGAGAUGAGGCAGCAGCAGCUGCACAGUGCCAUCUCCAGCUCACACCAGGAACUACAGGAAUUCAUACAGGCCUAUCUGCAGGAGUUUAUGACGUUGCUGGUUUGUUUAGCAGAGAAGCUCAUCAUUGUGCUGGAUGGACUUCUUACACCUUCACAGUUCAAGAUGAAGUUAUUACAACUCCCUGACCGUGCUGCUACAGAGGAGACAUCUCAACCAGGACAGACAUCAGACACAGGGACGAGUCUUCCAUCAUCUUCCAGGUGCAGCGUUGAACCACAAACUACAGCAUCCACCAUGACGAGCAGACACAUCACAGACCAUAUGAAUGUGACCGAGCUCAAAGACGCUGCACUGGAACGGUUUGAGGAGCGGUGUAGGUCCGAGAUGUUCCGUUCUGAGACAGAUAAACUGAAGCAACUGCUCAGCAUAGAGGUGUGGAACGAACAUUGGACAAUACAGAUUGACACACUGACACAGAUCAAUGCAAUAGCAAGCACACCAGCGUACUAACAACAGGGUCCUCACACACAAAAAAACAUGGAUAUUGUCAUAAGAAAUGUUGUUGUUGGUUCUACCCCAGAACCACAGAACCUCUGUCUGACUCAGUCCUUCAGAGUUUGGGGGAAAUAUGGACUGGUUGGGGCAGAGAGUGAGUCAAAUUUGACCUUGGGCAACAUCGCUUGAUGAAGCCGCAGCAUAAGAACCAACACAUUAGCCAAAAAAUAUAGACCCACAUUCUUUAGCACUUGCUGAGAAUUAGUUUCUUUUUUUAAAUAAAUUCAUGCAGAUUUAAGUUGUUGUUAUUUUAAUGUUGUGUUUUUCAUAAACAGGUGUAAUAAAUUCAUAAACAGUGUUUGUGUGAAUUGGAGACUCUGUAUAAGUUACAAAGAGACAAUGAAUAAAAGGUGGAUACAAUACUGGCGUAAUGUUAUAAUUGGUGUGAUAAAAAAUAUUUUAGAAAAAUCUGACAACACUAAGAGUUAUUUGUUAAUGGUUAAAUUAUAUAAAAGAAAGUGUUACAUUAUUAAAAUAGGAUUUGAAUCGUCACAACAUGUUGACAGUUUACAGCAAACUCAAAGUUGAGGGACAAACAGGAUUAACAUUUAUUGAACUGUUUAAUGCUGACAGUGCUUUAACCAGAAAUGUUGUAUUUGAACAGACUGCAACAAAUUUUUCUUUAAUAAAAUACAUUUUUAAUCAAAAUUA